AUGGAUUUCUUCCUCCUCCUGAACUGCUUUCUCUGCCUUAUCUUCACCCUCACCAUUCUCCGAUUCCUGCUGCCAAGAACUCCAGCGGGCAAACUCCCGCCAGGUCCCGCCCGGCUGCCAAUAAUCGGCAACCUCCACAAUCUGGGCCUCAAGCCUCACAUAUCACUGGCCGAUCUGGCCAAGGUUCACGGGCCGUUAAUGACGCUCAAACUGGGCCAAGUCACCACCAUCGUGGCUUCUUCCCCGGCUCUCGCCAAGGAGAUUCUCCAAAAGCACGACAAAGUCCUCUCGGACCGCCAUGGGAUCCUGGCCAUGGAGGUCCUCGACACCCACAAGUUCGCCCUGCCGUUGCUCCCUGUGGGGCCAAAGUGGAGGAACGUCAGGAAAGUGUGCAACUCGUAUGUCUUCGCGACCCAGAAGCUGGAUUUGAACCAGGGCCUCCGCAGGGAGAAGAUUAUCGAGGUGCUGGAAGGUGUUCGACGAAAUGCCUCUGAGAGGCCGGGAGAGGCGGUGGAUGUUGGGAGAGUGGCGUUCAGGGCCAGUUUGAAUGCUCUGUCGGCCACUGUUCUCUCGAUGGACCUGGCGGACGAGGAGAAAUCGGAGACGGCCAGGGAGUUCAAGGAGGUUGCGAGGGGGAUCAUGGAAGAGGCCGGGAGACCCAAUUUGGGAGACUUCUUCCCCGUUCUGGGGAAGUUGGAUUUGCAGGGGAUACAGAGGCGGAACAAGGGUCACGUAGGCAAGGUUUUGGAUCUCUUUGGAUGGGUCAUCGCCCAAAGGUUGCGGAAGAUGAAGUCGGAGAGCUAUGUCUCCACUAACGACAUGCUCGACACGCUUCUUACCAUUGGCGAUGACAACAAUCGCGAGGCUCAAAUGAAUCCAACUGGCAUCAAACACCUAUUCUUGGAUCUCUUUGUAGCCGGAACCGAUACCACUGCAAGCUCACUAGAAUGGGCGAUGGCCGAACUCCUCCGCAAUCCGGACAAGCUUGUCAAAGCCAAGAACGAACUAGACGAGAUGAUUGGGAAGGGUAAUCAUCUUGCGGAAUCAGACAUUCCCCAGUUACCUUAUCUGCGAGCAAUACUAAAAGAGACAUUUAGGCUGCACCCAGCCCUUCCUUUGUUACUUCCCCGCAAGGCAGGUGCAGAUGUGGAAAUCAACGGCUUCACCGUGCCCAAAGGUGCAAGAGUUCUACUCAAUUUAUGGGCUAUAGGUCGAGAUCCAGCCAUAUGGGACGAUCCAACCUCGUUCGUGCCAGAAAGAUUCUUAGGCUCGGAUGUCGAUGCCAAGGGAAACUAUUUUGAGCUGGUCACAUUUGGCGCAGGAAGAAGGAUAUGUCCUGGAAUGCCGUUGGCGUUAAGAAUGUUGCAUAUGAUGUUGGGAUCAUUGAUUCAUUGGUUCGAUUGGAAACUAUCAGAUGGCGUGGAGCCAGAGAAACUGGAUAUGGAAGAGAAGUUUGGAAUAGCUUUGCAAAAGGCCAAACCUUUACUUGCUAUUCCAACUCCCAUAUGA